CGGGCGGGGCGGAUACAAUGUAUCGAGGGCGGCGGUGGAUACGAUGUAACGAGGCCGGCCGGGCGCACACAAUGUAGCGAGCGCUGCGGCGGUCAGGUGGGGUGCUAUGGAAUAUGACGAGAAGCUCGCCCGGUUCCGGCAGGUCCACGUCAAUCCUUUCAACAAGCAGCUCGGGCCCUGGCAGCAUGAGCAGGGGCCUGGCAAGGAGGCCCUGCAGGUCGCUUCUGAAGAGGCCCUGCCCGAGCUGCCCCCGGGAGAGCCAGAGUUCCGCUGUCCUGAGCGCGUGAUGGAUCUAGGCCUGUCCGAGGACCACUUUGCCCGCCCUGUGGGCCUGUUCCCGGCCUCUGACACGCAGCAGCUGCGGCGGGCCAUCCAGGAGUGCAAGCAGGCGAUCCUGGAGCUGCCGGAGCGCUCGGAGGAGCAGGAGGACGCCGUGCUGAGGCUCAUUCACCUGCGCCUGAAGCUCCAGGAGCUGAAGGACCCCAGUGAGGAUGAGCCCAACAUCCGAGUCCUUCUGGAGCAUCGCUUCUACAAGGAGAAGAGCAAGAGUGUGAAGCAAACCUGUGACAAGUGUCACACCGUCAUCUGGGGGCUCAUUCAGACCUGGUACACCUGCACAGGGUGUUAUUACCGCUGUCACAGCAAGUGUUUGAACCUCAUCUCCAAGCCCUGCGUGCGGUCCAAAGUCAGCCACCAGGCCGAGUAUGAGCUGAACAUCUGCCCCGAGGCAGGGCUGGACAGCCAGGAUUAUCGCUGUGCUGAGUGCCGGGCACCCAUCUCUCUGCGGGGUGUGCCCAGCGAGGCCCGGCAGUGCGACUACACCGGCCAGUACUACUGCAGCCACUGCCACUGGAACGACCUGGCCGUCAUCCCAGCGCGUGUGGUGCACAACUGGGACUUCGAGCCGCGCAAGGUGUCCCGCGGCAGCAUGCGCUACCUGGCGCUGAUGGUGUCGAGGCCCGUGCUCCGGCUCCGGGAGAUCAACCCUCUGCUGUUCAACUACGUGGAGGAGCUGGUGGAGAUCCGGAAGCUGCGCCAGGAUAUCUUGCUCAUGAAGCCGUAUUUCAUCACCUGCAGGGAGGCCAUGGCAGCACGCCUGCUCCUGCAGCUCCAGGACCGGCAGCACUUUGUGGAGAACGACGAGAUGUACUCCGUGCAGGACCUGCUGGACGCACACACGGGCCGCCUGGGCUGCUCGCUGGCCGAGACCCACACGCUGUUUGCCAAGCACAUCAAGCUGGACUGUGAGCGGUGCCAGGCCAAGGGCUUUGUGUGUGAGCUCUGCAGAGAGGGUGACGUGCUCUUCCCCUUCGACAGCCACACGUCAGUGUGCGCCGACUGCUCCGCCGUCUUCCACAGGGACUGCUACUACGACAAUUCCACCACGUGCCCUAGGUGUGCCCGCCUCACCUUGCGGAAGCAGUCACUCCGCCAGGAGCCUGGUCCAGACGUGGACGCCUAGAGCAACGGAACCCCUCGUGGGCCUGUCUGGGGCCCGCCCUGCCGGUCGUUGCCAAAGUCAAGAUGUUUCUUGUGCUCUGGAGACCCUAGGCCACAGCCCCUGGACCUCUCCCCAGCACCUCGGGGCUGAUGGUAAGCGCCGCGGGAUGCCUGGCGUCCUGGGGCACCACAAGGGCCAUCAUCCCCCGGCGCUUACCGGGGCUUGGGGCAGCCGUGCCUGGCUGUUUUCCGGCUGCUGUGGGGGCCAGGGUGUGCACCCCCUCCCCGAACUGCAGAGCUCUAAGGGGAGGGGAGGGAGGAGGGAUUCUUCUCAUUUCCCCUUGGCCAAGAGCCCCCCACACCCUUGGGACCAAGGCUGCUGGGCCCGGGCCACCCGGGAAAUCCUGGAGGGCUUCCGGGGAGUGGCCGACAGGACUGAGGAUGCCGGCGGCACCCACUCAGCCUCGGCCUGCGUUUUAUCUGCGGUGGAUGGUUUGGGUUCUGCGUGGAGCUCCCUUCCCCAGCCCCUUGUCUCUCUGGGGACCUCUGGUUGUCCCUGGCUGGGGCUGUUCAUAACUAUCGCCCAAGGGCCCUGCCCCUGCCUCCCACCAGGGUUCUCUCGCUGGGUCCUGCUCUGGCGGGCCAGUCCAAGGGUUACUGGCUUUUCCUACCCAGUUUGGAAGGAAGGGGCCAUCUAGCUGUCACCCCUGGGUGGACUGGCCGCCGCUCCUGCCUUGGCCCAGCCCAGCUUACCCUGGUGGUCCGAGCUGGGGGGCUGGGGGCCCCACCCAAAGAGGCUGCCCUGCUUCCAGGUGUGGAGCAGGGACUUGUGUGGCCGGAGGAGGUCAGGGUUAGGUGAGAAGGCUGGUGACAGUGG